GUGAGUUACAGGCAUUGUUAAAACCAUUCAUUCAUUCAUUCAUUCUGCCUCUGUAAACAUUUCUCAACCUUUUCUCAAGCGCCACACAUCCAGCCUUGUUCAAAUUCCCGUUUCUCUCACUCUCUCCCUAAAUACCACCCCUACUUUCAUAAUACAUAUAUCAUGGCAGGACUUAAGCCAGGCGAGGUCAAUCUCGGUACAUCAAUUAUGGCAGUCCAGUUCGCGGGAGGCGUUGUUAUCGGAGCCGAUUCUCGCACGACCACAGGAUCAUACAUUGCCAACCGUGUCACAGACAAGUUGACUGAGGUCCAUGACACGAUCUACUGUUGCCGAUCAGGAAGCGCUGCUGAUACUCAAGCUGUUGCUGACAUUGUUCACUAUUAUCUUCAGAUGUAUUCUGUUCAGAAUGGAACUCCAACAGUGCCCUUGGCAGCAUCAUUGUUCCAGGAGUUGUGUUAUCAGAACAAGGACAGCUUGAGCGCUGGUAUCAUUGUCGGUGGUUGGGAUAAGGAAAACGGUGGCAGUGUCUGGAAUAUUCCUUUGGGUGGAUCGCUCCAUCGUCAACCCUUCGCGAUCGGAGGAAGCGGUUCGACCUACAUUUAUGGUUAUUGUGAUGCCAAUUUCAAGGAUGGCAUGAACAGAGAACAAUGCAUUGAUUUUGUUAAGAAUUCAUUGGCACUGGCUAUGGAACGUGAUGGUUCUUCUGGAGGUGUUAUCCGUCUGGCUGUCAUCACAGAGAAGGGUGUUGAACGUCUCUUUAUUCCUGGUGAUAAGCUCCCUGUUCACUGGCAAGGAUAAGCGAUUAGAAGAAAUAGCCGAUGUAGUGAUUAAUC